CAAUCUUAAAACACACACGAAUGAUCUGAUCCUUCCUUCAUCCUUCUUCCCUCUCCCUGGAUCUGGAACCACAUACCAUUUGCUCCAUUCCGCCAUUGGAAGAGCAGCUCUUGGAUCUCAUACAAUGCGUGCGCUUUCCUUCUUCCCAGCCUUGUGCAUUUUGCUCCUUGCGCCCAAUGCCUUCAGCUUCUAUCUCCCGGGUGUUGCCCCCGAAGAUUUUCAAAAGGGAGAUCCAUUGAACGUGAAAGUAAACAAACUGACCUCUAUAAAGACUCAGCUUCCAUAUUCAUACUAUUCUCUUCCCUACUGUCACCCCAACAAGAUAGUCGACAGCAGUGAAAAUCUUGGAGAAGUACUUCGUGGAGACCGCAUUGAGAACUCCCCCUAUGUGUUCAAAAUGAGGGAACCACAAGUCUGCAAUGUUGUCUGUCGAGUUACACUCGAUGCCAAAAAAGCAAAGGCAUUCAAAGAAAAAAUUCAGGAUGAAUAUCGUGUUAACAUGAUCCUUGAUAAUCUCCCUUUGGUUGUUCCGAUCCCAAGGUCAGAACAAGAAGGUCCUCCUAUCUACCAGCUCGGUCAUCAUGUUGGGCUGAAAGGGCAGUAUGCCGGUAGCAAGGAUGAAAAAUACUUCAUAUACAACCACUUGAGCUUUACGGUCAAGUUUCACAGAGAUGAGUUGACUGAUUCAGCUAGGAUUGUCGGUUUUGAGGUCAUACCAUUUAGUGUCAAACACGAAUAUGAUGGAAAAUGGGACAAGAAUGCUCAUCUCACUACAUGCUAUCCCCAGUCAAAGAGAACAGUUUCUUCUUCGAACUCCCCUCAAGAGGUUGAAGAUAAACAAGAAAUCAUUUUUACUUAUGAUGUCGCAUUCCAGGAGAGUGAUGUGAAGUGGGCAUCAAGAUGGGAUACGUAUCUUCUGAUGACUGAUGAUCAGAUCCAUUGGUUUUCCAUUGUGAAUUCUCUCAUGAUUGUGCUCUUCCUCUCUGGCAUGGUUGCGAUGAUAAUGCUGCGAACACUUUACCGGGACAUCUCAAAGUACAACGAACUCGAGACUCAGGAGGAGGCCCAGGAAGAGACGGGAUGGAAAUUGGUGCACGCAGAUGUGUUCAGGCCUCCUACCAACUCGGACUUACUCUGUGUUUAUGUCGGGACCGGUGUACAAUUUCUCGGGAUGAUGCUCGUCACCAUGGUCUUCGCUGUCCUCGGUUUCCUCUCUCCUUCCAACCGGGGUGGGCUCAUGACGGCCAUGUUGUUUGUGUGGGUUUUCAUGGGACUCUUCGCUGGUUACUCUGCUGCCCGGAUUUACAAGAUGUUCAAAGGAACGGAGUGGAAGAAAAUCGCACUCCAGACUGCAUUCCUGUUCCCUGGCCUCGUGUUUGGUGUCUUCUUCGUGCUCAAUGCUCUCAUCUGGGGUCAGAGAUCUUCAGGUGCAGUGCCGUUCGGGACAAUGUUCGCAUUGGUCUUCCUCUGGUUCGGAAUCUCAGUCCCGCUCGUCGUCGUGGGGAGCUACGUGGGCUUCAAGAAGCCAGCAAUUGAAAACCCGGUGAAGACGAACAAAAUACCUAGGCAGAUCCCGGAGCAGCCAUGGUACAUGAACCCCAUCUUCUCCAUUCUGAUCGGAGGCAUCCUACCGUUUGGAGCUGUCUUCAUCGAGCUCUUCUUCAUCCUGACCUCGAUCUGGCUGAACCAGUUCUACUACAUCUUCGGAUUCCUCUUCAUCGUCUUCAUCAUCCUCCUCAUCACCUGCGCGGAGAUAACCAUCGUGCUCUGCUACUUCCAGCUGUGCAGCGAGGACUACCUCUGGUGGUGGAGGUCGUACCUCACGUCCGGAUCCUCAGCGCUCUACCUCUUCCUCUACGCAACCUUCUACUUCUUCACGAAGCUCGAGAUCACGAAGCCCGUCUCCGGCGCCCUCUACUUCGGGUACAUGCUGCUCGCUUCAUAUUCGUUCUUCGUUGUCACCGGCACCAUUGGAUUCUAUGCGUGCUUCGUCUUCACCAGGCUGAUUUAUUCUUCUGUCAAGAUUGAUUGAUUGAGCUGUAUACAGGGCUUCCAUAUUUUGCAAACUUGUUGAGGGAAAUCUGUAUUAGUUAUUGUAAAAGUUCAUAUUUCAAAUUCUUUACUAUUGGAGUCAUCUUUGUAGCAAGAAUGAAGAACUGCACUACCUUUUGUUGAUCAGAUAAUGGAAAACGUGCUACUAAGACUAUAUUAUUAUAUGCUAUA